GGCGUUCGCUCGUAUCAGCAGCACCAGCAGCAGCAGCAGUGGCGACGGUGGCGGCGGCGACUCGUCGGGUGCGCGAACGCGAUACCGCACGCAUCGGCGUCGUACCGUAAGCGAGACGUUACUAGCGAGCGAGAUACCCGACGACGACGACGACGAGGAGGAGAAGGAGGAGGAGGAGAACAAGAAGAGCAUCGGUAUCAGCGGCGGCAGCAGCAGCAGCAGCGACGACGACGACAAGAACAGGAGGAGCAGCGGCAACGGCGACGACGGCGACGGUGAUGCUCGGCGGCGACGGCGAUAUAUCGGCGACGAUCGGCGGUGGAUUGACGGCGACGUUUCACGACGACGACGACGCAUCUGGCGCGCGCGAUCGUGCGGCCUGCUGCCGGCGCGUCGCCCGUCCCGAGGCGCAGCUCGUGGAAUAAUGCGCGUUAGGCACGACGACGUUAGCACGACGACGAGGCGCCGCGUUACGACGGGACGACGACGACGGUACGACGGUGCGAGCCGUGCGACGUGCUGCGGCCAGCUACGACGACGACGAUUACUACAACAAUUACUACUACUACCACCGCUACUAUUACUACUACCACCACCACCACCACCACCAUCAUCACCACCGUCACCACCAUCGCAGCUGCAGCAGCGCAAUUAUGUACGGUUCCGAGAUCACGUAGUGUCGGGCGUGUAAUUAUGUUGUUGUCAUCGUCGCGCGGCGCGCCCUGCGUAGCUUCACGGUGAAAAUCUGGCGUGAACGGUUCCGCGGUGGAACGGGGAAUAUGGCGUCGGUCUCGGCCGAGACUCCAGCCAGCCAUGGGCACAGCUUCAGUAAGAAAACGUUUCACAAACCGACGUACUGCCAUAGCUGCACAGACAUGCUCUGGGGCCUCAUACAGCAGGGGUACAUCUGCGAAGUGUGUAACUUCGUGGUGCACGACCGCUGUCUCAAGGCCGUCGUCUCUCCCUGCUCCAGCAUCGCGGCAAGCCUGAUUAAGAACCCGGUCGCACAUUGUUGGUCCGAACAAGUACAUCAUAAAAGAAAAUUCUGCAACGUCUGUCGGAAACGUUUGGAUGAUAAUAAUCCAUCCAUACACUGCGAAAUAUGCGAGUACUUCGUGCACAUAGAAUGCCAAGAUUUCGCGGUGGCAGACUGCAAGGAGAAUGCCACGUACUUGCCUGGGAAGGACCUGUCAGCAGUGAAACACACUCAUCACUGGCGGGAAGGCAAUCUUCCGAGUAGCUCUAAAUGCGCUGUAUGCAAAAAGAGUUGUUUUACUGUCGAGUGCCUUGCCGGGUUUCGUUGCGAGUGGUGCGGCAUGACGUCGCACGCGUAUUGUUACAAGAAUAUCCCCCAAGAAUGCACCUUUGGUAACUUGGAACCAAUUUACCUGCCGCCACAUGCAGUUAGUAUUCCGCGUACCGAAGUUCCCAUGGAAGCUAUCAUUGGAGUACAAGUGCGUCGUAAAGAAGUGCCGACCCGUGAGUAUUCUUGCCAUAACAUCGGAGAGCAAUUCGAUUUCGCUGAGAGUGAGCAAAAUGGGGCUGCAGGCCGCCUAGCCGAAGCUUUGAGGCGCCUUUCGCUAGUUUUGCCACGUAGCUGCCAUGGAAAUUGUCAUGCUUCCCCUCCUUAUGUUCGAGCGCGGAGCACGUCAGAGGAAUUUGGUAGCGACGCAAGGUAUCGUGACAAUGGAGAACCGACACAGGGCGCAGCGCAUAGCCGUGAUCCGCGUUCUCCUAAAGAGAAAGAAGACAAAGAAAGAGGUGACGAAGAGAUGAUUAAGGUGUAUGAUGGCAAUAGCUCCUUGAGGCGAAGAAUAUUUCGGGUGAUUCCGGUACCUAGGCAGGCUACGACAGAGCAGGUUCUCACAUUGGCAUUGCGCGCAUUUCACAUCACAAAAGAUCCUGGCAACUUUUACUUAACCGACCUGUAUGCCGCGGAGGAAACUGAAUUGUGUGAUCCGACACCUGUUUUAAAUUUAAAUCGCCAAGAAGGCAAACGUCCGGCUGUGUUCUUACGAUUUAAAAAUAACGACAGUGGGGAAGUACGAGUUUAUCCCGGCAAAUUGCAGGUAUCAGAGUCAUUCUGUAUAGUACCUGUCACCGAAGCAACAACUGUUACAGACUUAAUAAACGAGGCACUUGAAAAGUUUGGUUUACAAAAUUUUAAUUGCGAUGACUAUAGGUGCAGUGAAAUUCUUUUAGAUCGUGGCGUGACGGAAAGAGUUUUGUCCUGGGACGAAAGACCUUGGGAUAUCGUUAAGAAGUUGGGAAAAGAUUCUAUUAGGCAAAUGGAACUAAUGCGGUUCUAUCUACAAUUAAAGCAAGACCCCCAUGGACCCAACUUGGCUUUGUUUGUGGGCAACUUGCCACCAAAUCUUUCUGAAAGAAGUUAUGAGAAUAUGUUGAUAGAAUUUUUAGGAAAAGAAAAUAGAUUCUCAUUAAUUGGCCCAAUUUAUUAUGAAUAUGGUUCGAUGGUCAUUAUAUACGAAGAUUCGAAUAAAGCGGUCAGAGCAUUAUAUGCGUUGCGAGAGUCAAAAUACGAAGACAAGCAUCUUUUAGUAAUGCUUUUACCGAGUAUCGAGCCAAGUAUGGUACCAUCGGGUGUUCAACCACUGCUCGUGUUUGUAAACGUAAAGUCUGGCGGCUGUCAAGGGCUCCAACUAAUUUCUAGUUUUCGUAAACUAUUAAAUCCUUAUCAAGUAUUUGAUCUCGAUAACGGCGGACCUCUCCCCGGGCUUUACGUUUUUCGCCACAUAAAAGACUAUAAAAUAUUAGUUUGCGGUGGUGAUGGAACGAUAGGCUGGGUAUUACAGUGUUUAGAUAAUGUUGGUCAGGAUAGCGAGUGUUCUUCUCCCGCUUGCGCUAUUGUACCUUUGGGAACGGGAAAUGAUCUUGCGCGCGUACUAUGUUGGGGUUCAGGAUAUACGGGCGACGAGGAUCCGUUAAACUUAUUGCGAGACGUUAUCGAUGCGGAAGAAAUAAUAUUGGAUAGAUGGACCGUAGUUUUUCAUCCAGAAGAGAAAGAACAGACUCAAGUAGUUUGUAACGCUGCAGGCGCUGGUUCAACAAGCGAAGACAAUACGCAAAUAUAUGUAAUGAAUAAUUAUUUUGGCAUCGGCGUCGAUGCGGAUUUAUGUCUUGACUUUCACAAGCGAGAGGAGAACCCUAAUAAGUUCAAAAGCAGAUUACGAAAUAAAGGUGUAUAUGUAACUAUGGGUUUACGUAAAAUGGUCAGACGUAAGCCAUGCAAAGAUUUACAUAAAGAAAUUCGGUUAGAAGUAGAUGGUAAAUUGGUCGAAUUACCGCAAGUGGAGGGAAUAAUUAUUCUGAACAUUUUAAGUUGGGGUUCUGGUGCUAAUCCUUGGGGACCAGAUACCAAAGAAGAUCAAUUUUAUACACCAAAUCACUGGGAUGGUAUGUUAGAGGUUGUCGGAGUUACAGGCGUUAUGCACCUUGGACAAAUACAGUCGGGUCUACGUACGGCUAUGAGAAUAGCGCAGGGCGGACAUAUAAAAAUUCACUUAAACUCAGAUAUACCAGUACAAGUAGAUGGCGAACCGUGGGUUCAGAGUCCCGGGGACAUUGUAGUCUUGAAGUCUGCGCUCAAGGCUACGAUGCUGAAGAAGACUAAGGGUAAAAUGAAGCGGCGUAAUACAGAAUCCAGUAUGCAAUUGGCGCUUCAGGCUGCACCGUCGAGCGAUCCGGACGAAGAUAUCUUCUGAGUGAAUAAACAUUUAAAGUGAAAGUGAUUCGAACAUGCUGCGGUAACGGCAAAAGCACGUAGCCAUAUAUCGAAAAAACUCGAUCGAUUAGCGUAUGUAAUAAAAUAAAAUCGGCCUCGAAAUCGUCCGACAGCAGUUUCGCUGCACGAAUUUAAAACAUAAGUACUUACAACGCGAGAAGAAAACACACUGGUAAAAAAAGAGCACGAGGGACAGGUAAAUAAGGUUUCCGAAUACACUUGACACACACACACACACACACACACACACACACACACACACACACACACACACACACACACACACACACACACAUACACAUAUAUAUAUACAUAUAUACAGCAUUAAAUCCAUUAUUCACUUAAUAAUGAUUCUUAAUGUUUGUUCUUACAUUGAUAAAAAAAAACUAGAUCUCAUUUUUAAAUGUUAAUAAUUAUAGCACUGUACGCGUAGCUUAUCAAUCAAUAUUUUUUUAGUAAAAUUAUAAUAGAUUUUACACAUAUAAUAACGCAUACACACACAUGUAAUAACACAUAUAAUAACGCAUACACACACAAAACAUACACGCAUAUUAAACAGUAUUGGAGGAAGCUACACGCGCAUACGUGAGCGUAGCUUAUGACGACGUUAAUUUAUAUUUACGUUCCAAGCUUGAUAGUAUCGAAGAGAAAUGGAAGUCGUAAUGUAUAUUACGUUUCGUAUGGUAUUUCACCAGUCUAACACAGUAUUACGAUACGAUACGAAACGUGUAUCGCGGGAUAUAAAACGCAAACAAGUCAGUUGUUAAUAAUAUAUUAUAUAUAUAGAAUAUUUAUGAUUAUAUAUAUAAAUAUUAAUAUAUUUACAUAAUAUUGUAUUAGCAUUAUACGAUAUUAAGUUGUGAUAAUUGUUAUGUAUGUCUGACUGCUGGGCAGUCUGGAAUUCGCUGAGAACCAGUGGCAGUCAGAGUUCCCUAGGAUACGGUUAGAGGAGAUAAAUUAAUGUAACUUUCGUAACGAUAAGAGAGAAACCGCAUUGCGAGCUAAGCGCUUUGCCGAUCCGCCUCUAUACGAGCGAGAAGAUAUAUGUAUCCGCGAUACGCGCGACACGGCGUCGAAAGAGUCGGCUUGGCAAUGUAUUGAUUUGACAGGGCUCCAGAUAACGACGACGAGGUUUUUGACCGAGCUGCAUAGACCGACAACAUACAUUCCACACUGUAACAUGGCAAAAGAAUGCGAAACAAGAGAGAAAAAAAGAGCACGGAGAGAAAGAGAGAUGUAUAUUUAUAAACUAUGCCAAAGAGGAAAAGCUCUUGUAAUAUGCUAACGUGUACUUAAAAUCGUCGAAACGCGUCGUUCGUACUUAAGCAUUCGUAAUUAAUGAGCGACGAUUAGGACAGGACCAUGCGAGAGUCCAAGGCGAUACUUGUUUUCGAACUCCCAAAGUUUCGAAUCCCUCGACUCGACGAGUGCUAUCACUGAUCGCGAACGAUCCUUGAUUAAGCACACGAUGUAAGCACAACACAAACACACACUCAGAUGUACUUUUAUCUUAUUUCGCUCUCUUGAACAUACAAAUGAAGGGGUGUGUGGGGGUGGAGGGUUACGUUCACGUUAGACCUUCGCGCUGGCAUCGUGCGAUUUGAAAAAAAGGGGAAAAAAAACCACAACUUCGGUGCCAAACAAUUGUAUAUAACAUUAUAAAAGUAGGGACUUAAAAAAAAUAAGAUGGAUUGCGCGCCAGUUAAUCGCGAUGGCAUUUAAUGCGACGGAUGAAAAAGAGAGGAAAGUAGUGAAUGGGGAGGGGGUACUUUCUUAACGUUAAGAGUAUCUUCGGAGAGGAAAAAGAGGAGACUCUUUUUGAAUUACGUACGUUGCGUUGUUUCGCGUAAACAUUAUAAAAAAAGACAGCGCGUACCUUUGAUACGUGAGAGUAAUCAAAGGAGGACGAUAUAGGACUCUUAGUACGCUUUUAGUACGCGCUGUGAACUUAGUUAAUUAUCUAACUAGACCUCUCUUGGAUGUGUCUUCGAUUAUGAAAAUGAUUAUCAAAAAUUUAAUCACAACACUGGCAACCAAAUUUAAACGGAGACCAUCAUGUCCGGAUGAUUGAUCAGGCCUCCAUAUAUUAUAUGUCACAACCUGCCUAUGAUGUAUACAGGCUCGGUUAUUCGUGUUAUAUCCGGUGUAUCGACAUGAAUAAUCACAUCUACGGCAGAUUGGAGAGAUAACAUUUGUUAAUCUGACCAAACUAUAGUAUAUUUGCUGUUGCUAUAAAAAAAAUAGAGAAACAAUAAGCUAUGAACAAUCUACGUAUAAUAAAUCAAUGUAUGUGCUACAA